CUUUUGCGUUGCUACAGGAUUUUAGUUGCUAGAAGUGUAAACACAAGGGGUGAAAGAAAGAGAGAGAGGCGUCUGGGAACUGAGAGGGGGAGAAGCGAGAGUGUGCUGAUGUGCAGCUGAAUGGUUGAGUGCAUUAUAGAUGGAAAGCAAAGGACCCUACAGAAUAUAUGAUCCAGGGGGUAGCGAACCAAGCCCUUCCAUUAACAAGGGAGUACAACUUUUGAUGAAGGACAACCCCGCGCUGAGGGAAAACAUGGAAGGAAUCAAAAGCUUGGGGGAACUUCUGGAAGAGUCGGAGAAUGAAGUUCACAGGCUCCGUCAGAAGGCUGAAGCUCUGGUAAAAGAUAACAAGCAUUUCGAGUCCUCAUCUUCCUUGGAUUCACAGUCAUCCUUUCUUGAGGAAACCGUCACUCCUAGAGAGCUCGGCACAGGGAGUGAACAAACGGAAGGGUUACAAAGCUCCAAAAUGACUGAUUUAGGUUCCGAUGUUCAUAAGAAAAGCAACCAUAAAACCCCUCCUAGCGGAAGCUCUUCAGAGUUUGAGAUCCUGAAUGCAUACGAGGCAAGAAAGACUCCUGAAAGUAGAAAGUCGGACCCAGGACCCACCCUGCCACAGGAGGAUGAUACUGUACAACUCCAUUUGCAGCGCAUGGAGACCUCACUCAGUAUGUUUGCAGAAGAGCCCGAUCGGAACAGGCUUCUUGCUCACAUUAGCCGACUGGCUCUUGACUUCAACCGUCUGGCAAACAAAGUGCACAAGAAUGAGCAGAAGACAUCUGUCCUGCAGACUCUGUGCGAGCAGCUUAGGAAAGAGAAUGAAGAUCUAAGAGCCAAACUGGAAGCCGACUGGAACCAGAGGACACAGGCUGAGCAAGCUCUCAGGUAUGAAAACCUGGAACUGAAGAAACUGAUCCUGCAAGGUGAUUGCGGUGGUGGAAAAGGAUUUCACACCGGAGGUGGAGUAGAUACUAGAGCAUCAGAAGGUGCAGCCAAGUUAGAAAAUUCCGGAAUUCAACAGGUAGCAAAACUGAUGGAGAAGCCAGCAGUGAAAGAUCCAAGUGUGUCCCUCCUGAAAAAGGUUAAAAUACUGGAACACCAGAGGACCGAGCUUCUGGAUGUGAACAAACAAUGGGAUCAACAGUUCCGCUCUAUGAAAAUGCAGUAUGAAGAGAAGAUCACAUCUCUGCGGCAGAAGCUCUCCAAGGCAGCAAAGGCUGAAAGUGAGCAAGAAGCUGAAAGGGAUCGGAAGCAGCGGGAUUUUGACCGAAAACUUCUGUUAGCUAGAGACAAAAUUGAGGAUAAAGAGUUGCAAAUUCAGAAACUGGAAUCCGAGCUACGGGAGCUAAAACAGAAGAGCAAAUUUCUACACGAGCAACUGAGCUCCACCAGCAAACAAAGGGAAUACCAGGAACGAGAGAUUAUCCGACUAAACAAGGCUCUGGAAGAGGCACUGAAUAUGCAGGGGUCUGGGCCUUUUUCUCCCUCCUUACUUGCAUACCUGGAGGACUCAGGACUUGCCCAGCAGGAGGAACUUAAGAUGCAGAAUGAUGUCCUUAAGCAACAGGUGAAGAUCUUUGAAGAAGACUUCCAGAAGGAAAGGAGAGACCGGGAGAGGAUGAAUGAGGAGAAAGAAGAAUUAAAGAGAAAGCUGGAACUGCUGCAGACUGAACUGGGGCAGAUGAACACGCAGUUGCGCUCUUGCCAGGAAGAUUUGCGCAGAGAAAGGGAAACUCCUCGUGACACUGUAAGGCAACAGACUUUAGGGGAGAGGUAUAUAGUAGACCCCCACAUGGGCCAUGUCUGUCCCCCAUACCAGUAUCCAUACAGGCCACCUGGCCUGGUCUAUCCUGCGUUUGAAGACUGGCAGAUCCGUUACCCCCCUCCAGUGGUUCACCCUGAGCACUCUCAAGUACAGGAUGUGCCCAAUGUUCCUCCCCCUGCAUACCCAUGGAGAAUGGCUAAUGUCCUUCCUAGAAUGCAGAACUCCAAAACUAAGAAGAAGGAACAAGAUGUUUCUGGCAGUGGCACACAGAACGCACCAAGACAGACAUGAAUCGCUGUGGACAUGAAGUCCUAUGCUGUAGAUUUUUUUGUUGUUGUCACCAUGACAUCUAUAAUUCUGUGUAAUUACAUCUACCCUUAUGUCCAUCUGCUUGGGCCUGAACCUACAAUGGACUGCUUUUCUUGUAAGACAAUUCAAAUCCACCCUGGAGCUGAUUAAAGAUUGUGUUUGUGGUUAGUUUUUGUGGGUAGAAGAGGGUACUUGAUCCAGAUGGAGAAGAAAGAAGGUAUGGGUCAUUAGAAGCUAAGGUUAACAGUUAUUGGGCUACUAGAGGUUAAUUUUUCGUAUAUUACAGAGACCAAAUAAGAUGGUUUCCUCAAAGACUCAGUAGUUGUUAGUUAUGUUAUAAAAUAAAAUGCAAGUCUCGGUAUGUUACUUUAAAGCAGCAAUAACCUGCUGCUAUAUGCAAAAUGUUAAAUUUUCCUGUACAAGUAUAUACCAUGGGGUCAUAAACAAAAGGGCAUUCUACAUUGAUGUGUUUAUGGAAUGCACCAGAAAAGCAAUAUUCACAGUUGGACAGUUUUGGACUGGCCCACCGGAUACCAGGAAAACUCCCGGUGGGCCCAGGUGUCAGUGGCCUAUUUCAUGGUCAUUCCCUAUUUCUUAAUAAUGGAAGAAUAGAGUUUAGUAUGUAGAGAUGAAAGACUCGGAGAAUAAAGAGGUUAAGUGAAGAGAGGAGGAAUAAAAGUGGGCCCAUAGUCUAAGCUAAGGUUUACUGGUGGUCCCCUGGAAUCCCAGACUGACACUGCAGUUGGAAUAUUUCUUGUAGUACUGGGCAGAGUUAGCAGGGCACCUCAGACAAGCAGCCCUUAUAAAAUAGUGCCCGCCACUGUUGUACCCUGUGCAUAUGCCUCUUCUGCCUACCCCUAGUUUUUCUCUUGAUUAUUUACACCUGUAAAGCUCUGUGCCUUAAAUGGUAUUAUACAUUCAAGGGGAAAUACAAUAAAUUGCCCAUUUAAUAAUUGAAAUUAUUAUUUUUUUAAGAAACAUUGAAUGUUGAUGGUAAAAAAGGAAAUAUCUCUGAUAUGUGGAAGCUGGAAGGAAACAUUGGUCAGGGAAAGGACUUACUGUCCACUGCCACAUGACCACUAUAUGAGAGACCAAUAAAAAAAGCCUGCAAUUACUAAGUGUCAGUAAAUAGAUGAUUUCACUGAGGCCCUAAUCACGAUAGGGUCAUAUUUGCUGUCUGGCAGAGAGAGAGAGGGCGAUUUCUAUGGAUAAUGGCACUUGUAUGUUAAGAGCAGCAGAGGAGCCACACUUUGACCAACUGGAAAGCAAUUGUUUUGCUGUUUCACUCCAAUACUGGGAUGCAAAGGAGAGUCAUGGGCAAUCCUGAUACAAAAGUCUGUUUGUAUUUCUGUGGAAUGAUGGGUUUGACUGUGAGCUAAAGAUAAUAGAGGAAGAGACCUCUUCACUAAAGGAUUAGCUCAUUUAGUGUAAGGAUCGUAGUUCCCAGUCUGCUGCACCUGGCCUUUUAAACAUGACUAAAAUGCGUGUAUCAUCUUCGAUAACUGCACUUCUAUUUAAUAGUUUCAUUAAACAGAGCCUCCUGUAGGCUGCCAGUCCAUAUAGGGACUGACAGUAGCUAAUCACAGUUCAUAUUUGGCACCCCCAGGAACUUUUUUUUUUUUUUUUUAAUUUGAAUGUGGCUCAUAAAUAAAAAAAAACGCUGGGACCCCUGUUCUGCACCAUAUAGUCUACUGGGAGAGGAGGGGUGUUAUGUGAGGAGAGAACUAUGAACAGGCAGCAAGUAAACACACACAAAAACAAGUAAAUGCAACUGCCAGCAGAUUGCCUUACAAAACUAAAAACAAAGCAAAAGAGAAAUGAUGCAUUCAUUCAUCAUUUCCAUGAGUAAAAUAUAAGCAAAAAUAAAUGUGUGGUGGCCCUUAAAAUAGAUUGAGUGUAUAUAAAUUCUAUUACUGAACAGAGGCUUGGGAAAUAAAAUGGUUAAUCUCUGUAUAAUACAGUAGCAGCCAAGCAGUUGAACUAACUUUUCCUUUCUAUUUCAUGUAUAUUUUGUUGUUCCUUUUUAGAUAUGUAUAUUCUUUGAUGCUAUUUAAAUGUUUAAUAUUUUACUUGUGUUUCAUUCUUUUACCAUUCCCUUAUUUAGAAUUAAAACACAACUUGCAGUCAGCCAUGUUUACAAUACCAUUAGAUAACGCCUGUAUGUUUUCUUUAAGAUGUGCUGAAUCCAUUUGGAUUUAGCCAAAUCCCAUCACUUUUUUUGCAGGAACUGGACAAGUCCCUGCUGAUCAACAGAACUUCAAAACAAAGUCUUCACCUUGGGAGAUAAAAUAUCAGAAAUGCAGAGACCUGGAUGUAUUUUAUCUUCUGUACAGAGGGGGCAGCUUAGUCUGUCAAUGUUCUGUAAGUGACAGUUGACAUGGACAAAUGUCCAUUACAUCUGCUGAAUGAACGACGCAGAAAGUUUGCCAUUGCAGUUCCCAGAUGACUAAUUGUCCAGGACAUAUUUUCACUUUUGUACCAAGUUUAGGGUCUACAGUACAUUUUACUGGAUACUUUGUCAUUACAUUACAUUACCUCUGAAAGCCUUAUAGGCUUGUAACUGUAUAUAUUCACCUCUUCAUAUGGUUUCAAAUUCCUAUAUAUAUAUAUAUAUAUAUAUAUAUAUAUAUAUAUAUAUAUAAUAUAUAUAGUAUAUAUUCUAGUUAAUAAAAUAUUUACAGCUAA